AUGGCUCGUGGGCUGCUGGGCACACUGCUUGCUCUGGCACUAUGGGAAGUUCACUAUUACUUGGCUUCUGCUGGAUCACUCGUGUCGGGUGCAGCCUACGGCUUCGCCACAGGAACUACAGGAGGUGGUGACGCGAAACCCGUGUACCCGAAAACGAACAAGGAAUUAGAAACUUACCUAAGCGACGCCGAGCCGCGGGUGAUCGUACUCAACAAGGAGUUCACGUUCAUUAAAACCGAGGGGUCUACUACAGAAAGCGGCUGUCGUCCGGAGAGUCAACAGAAAUGCCUCGCCAAAAAGAACGAUUUCAAAGGACAAGACGCGAUUAAAGUGUUAGUCUCAACGUCCUCGGACCAGAAUGGCGGAUGCAGCAUCGGAGACGAGAUGGUUCAAGUGACUUACGAUAAAGCCGCCAGGACGGCGCUGACUGUAGCGAGCGACAAGACGCUGAUCGGUGAGGGCACGAAAGGAGUGCUGAACGGCAAAGGUAUUCUUAUUUCCGGUAGCAACGUGAUUGUGCAAAACAUCCACAUCACAAACUUGAAUCCUCAUCUGGUGUGGGGUGGUGAUGCCAUCAGCAUUGGUAAACAUGACGCACCGAAGGGUAUUUGGAUCGACCAUGUCAAGAUUUCCAAUAUCGGACGGCAAAUGCUGGUGGUCAACUUUUCCGGUGCGACAGGAAUCACGGUCAGUAACACAGACUUCGAUGGCAACACAAAGUUCUCAGCUUCGUGUGACAGUCACCACUACUGGAGCAUCUUGUUAUAUGGCAAAAGGACUGAGGUGAGUCUGCUUGGCAACUACAUCGACCACACCUCAGGUCGGUCACCCAGGGUUGGAGGUCACGGCGACGAUACGGUAGUUGUUCACGCUGCCAACAACUUCUUCAGCGAGAUUUCUGGCCACGCAUUUGAUGUGGACAAGGGAGGAUACGUUCUGGCAGAAGGCAACUACUUUGCUUCGGUAGCGUCAACAAACCAGGGAAAAUCCGGCAGCAUGUUUGCGCCAACUGCAGCUAACGACUGCAAGGCGGUCAUCGGCCGCGCCUGCUCGGUGAACGUUUUUAAAAGCAGCGCACCUCUGAAGGGAUGUACAGGAGAUGCGGUGAGCUCCCAGUUCACCAGUCUCAAGAAGUACAUCACUAGUUACAAGGCAGGCCUUGCUACACAAUUUGCGGAGGCUAGCGGCAACUUUGGCAUUGGCGAAUUGAAAGAUGCUGUCGCACCAUCGGGUGCCUCGAAAAAGAGCGGCGUCGCGAUAUCUGGCCCGGAUGCGUCUGCGGGUGGAGAAGAUGCCGAGAACAGCGUGACGCAAGAAGACCACCCAGCUGACAAGACACCGAAAACUACCGACGUGCCAGUCUCAACGGACAAGUCUGGCGGGAAGGCAAGUGGCAAGGAUGGUAGCGCUGGUUCCGGCAACAAGCACAAGAGUAAAGAUGAUUCUGCUGGUUCGAGCAAAGACACUUCCAAAGACAUCGACGCCUCUGCCGGAACUGUUGUUCCAUACCCGGGAGACAACAAGAAGCCUGUCCAUGGAGAGGAACACCAGGAGUCCACUGAUCACUCACAGGAUAUUUCGCAUGAAGAAAAACAAAAGUCGAGUGCCUCAAAAAAAAGUGACACUGCCCCCGUACCUGGCUUCGACGAGUUUGCGGGUGGGGAAGAUGCCGAGAACAGUGUGACGCAAGAAGACCACCCAGCUGACAAGACACCGAAAACUACCGACGUGCCAGUCUCAACGGACAAGUCUGGCGGGAAGGCAAGUGGCAAGGAUGGUAGCGCUGGUUCCGGCAACAUGCACAAGAGUAAAGAUGAUUCUGUUGGUUCGAGCAAAGACACUUCCAAAGACAUCGACGCCUCUGUUGGAACUGUUGUUCCAUACCCAGGAGACAACAAGAAGCCUGUCCAUGGAGAGGAACACCAGGAGUCCACUGAUCACUCACAGGAUGUUCCACACGAAGAAAAACAAAAGUCGAGUGCCUCAAAAAGAAGUGACACCGCCCCCGUGCCUGGCUUCGACGAGUUUGCGGGUGGGGAAGAUGCCGAGAACAGCGUGACGCAAGAAGACCAUCCAGCUGACGAGACACCGAAAACUACCGAUGUGCCAGUCUCAACGGAAAAGACUGGCUGGAAUGAAGACACGAAAGACGAUCAUGGCUGGAAGGGAAACGGCAAGGAUGGCAGUGCGGGCUCCGGCAAUGCGCACAAGAGUGAAGGGGAUUCGACUGCUUGGCAGGCGGACAAGAAAUCCGAUAACGACUGGAAGGCAAACGAGAAGGAUGGAAGCGCAGGCAAGCAGGUGGGUUGGCAGGGGAACGCGGAAGCCGCUAGCUACUGGAAGGCAAUGGGCACAGACACUGCUGGUGCUGGCACUGUGCACGAAAGUGAAGGCGAGAAGGUUGUCAAUGGAGAGGACCAGCACAAGGCCGAUUCUAAGCCACAAGAUGUCUCGCACGAAGAACCCAAGAAGAGCAAUGCCAUGCCCGAUUUUGACUUUAACUCCGUUAUGCAAGAAGACGUACCAGAGGACAUGAAUCGCAUGCGCAAGCUUCGCAUGAGACACUAA